AUGCCCCAGUCAGGACCGUUAUUAAGCGACGACGGACUCCCCCUUAAUUACCUUGUCGUCAUCGACGCCGGCUCCACGGGGCUGAGAGUAUACGUGUACAGCUACCUCGAUCCUGUCGUGUUGCAAAAAGUGCCCAAAGCGCCUAAACUGCCGAAAUUGCCUCAAUUGCAUUAUAACAAGAAAUGGCACCAUAAACUGAAACCGGGGCUUUCCAGCUACGCCGAUUCACCCGAGGAUAUCCAUUCCCACUUGGCGCCGCUUGUGGAGAAGGCGAAAAAGUGGAUCCCCGACACUCAGCACUCCCGAACCCCUAUUCUCUUACAUGCCACCGCCGGGAUGAGAUUAGUCUCCUCAGAUAAACAAGGGCCAGUGAUGUCUGCUGCCUGUGAAUACCUUCAACAACACCUGGGGUUCUGGCUUCCAUCGUGUGAGGAUCACGUCAAUAUCGUCGAUGCCGAUAUUGAAGGAGUGUACGCUUGGCUCGCUAUUAAUCAUGCUAAGGGAGCUUUUGAUAACCCUGACGAUCACCAACACGGCGAUGGCCACACUACUUACGGUGUGCUUGAUAUGGGAGGAGCGCUGACCCAAAUCGUGUUCCAGCCUAACUCUACGGAAACCGACCACCACCGCCAGGACUUGUUUAAGCUUGACUUAGUCAAUCAAGACUCGACUCCGAGAAACUAUGACCUUUACGCUCACCUGUUCUUAGGGUUUGGCAUGUACCAGGCGUUGGAUAAGUACGAGCAGCUCAUGGACUCCAACCCCUGUUAUCCUAAAGGCAAAGGCGGUCUGAGCAAUUUCACCAUGUGUUUGAACCUGCUUGAUGCUGUGGUGCAAACUCAAUGCCCUUCAACCACUACCAACUCUACUGGGUGUCUUCUUUCCGACCCUAAAGUGCCGACGCUUGAUUUCGCCGUCAACCACUUUGUUGGGGUCCUGGGCUAUUGGGACGCUAUUGAAGGGAUCAUUGACCAAGAUAGUGACGACGAAGGCGAAUACAACUACGAAAACGUCUACAACGCCACCAGGAAAGUGUGUGACCUGCUGUGGAAACAAUUGAAGAAAUUGGACCUUGACAUCAAGCACGACGACGAUUUGGCGAUGGCGUGCUUCAAACUGGCGUGGGUAUUAGCAUUCUUGCACCGUGGGCUUGGUUUCCCCCGGUUCGGCCUCGAUACGCCGCUGAAGGACGACCAGAACUUCCGCCAGUUGGAGGUAGUGGAAGAAUUGGGCGAGUUCAAGUUCUCGUGGACGCUUGGGAGAGCAUUGCUCUACGCCAGCGACGAGUACGCUGCCGCUAAGGGCGAGGUUCGCGCUGGCUACGUCACUGCCAACGGCACCUUGGUGUACGGCCUGGAACAAACCGAACAUAACAUGCGGCCACGGUUUGAGCUGAGCCGGUGGGACUCCCCCACCCACCGCUACACCGGGUUGCUGGUGUUGGUGUUGAUGUUUUUGACGCUUUUGUACGUGAUGGUGGGGCGGGAGCGGCGCCAGCGGGCGGUGCAGUGGGUCAAGGCCAAAUUCGGCCGCAAGCACGGCUACGUGCGGGUGGGCUCCACCGACGAUUUGGAGCUUCUGCAGUUCACUGUCGAGGACAGCCCGCCGGCUUAG